AUUAGUUCAAGACAAGUAAUCAAACCAACUAACUAACCACUAUUUUUUCCUGUUCCUUUAGGAUGGAGGCAACUGUUAGGGUGAAAUAUAAGGACAGAAAGAAGUACUUCUUCCUAACAUCACCUUUUCAAUUCAAAGUAUUUUUGGAAAGUGUUGCCAAGAAGUUUGAUCUACCCACCCUGGAUAUUAAAGUCUAUGAUGAAACCAGGACCGAAAUCGAUGAUGAGGCAUUCGAAUACAUUCUAAAACAACAGGAUAUUGGGGUUUUAGAAAUUGUGAUCCCAACAGCAAGCGUUGAUGAUUCCUUCAGUUCUAGUACGAUUGGUGAUGGUGAGGCUUCAUCAGGAUCUGAUGACACAGCAAUAGUGAUCAGAAAUCCCUCAGAAAAAAGAGAUGCAGAGGAUCGUCGUCUGGGUCGAAUGAUUGAGGACAUCCUCAAGAGUAGCCCUGGAGGUGAUAAGAUCACACAUGAGUAUGCUCGCACAAAAACAUUGUCAGAUGUCAGAAGACGUGACCUAGUGAAAAUACUAGUUGCACAUCUGACAAAUGAGCAUGGCACAAGCCCCCCUAGGAGAUUGAAGGAGGAAUACGCCAAAGGAAUCAUCUGCCUUUUUCCUUACUUGGCUGACCCCCUGAGCAAGCUUGGCUAUGAACAUUUUUAUAAUGCUGAAGAUGGAAGUGGGUAUUUGGCUUGGAGAAUCAAAACUCUGCAGAAAGAGGUGUCCGAGGGGCGAAUGAAACGGUCACGACAACUUCAAACAGGUGGGCCAACUUCACACAGGGAUCCAUUGAAAGAAGACAUCCAGUGGGACGGACAGCAGUGUCAAGAAGCAAUUGCCCUGAUGAAGCAUUCCACGGAUGAAGUUGUAGUGAAGGAGAAAAUGAGGCUAACCCUGGCCUAUCGUCAGAAGUUGCUGCACGAUCCUGAGAACUCAGCCGACAUCCUAUCUGUUUUUCCUCGUUUCUUGGACAUUCCAGGUUUGAUUGAUCAAGAUUUCAGGAGUCUUUUUGGUGACGCAACCUCUGCAAAGAUGUUGGAGAAGUGGACCACCAACUUUCAAGCAAAGGUUGUUACUCAGUGUCGUGGGCUUACACUGACUGGAGAUGUACAAGACCUCAUCCAAAAUGCUGAAGCCACUGAAGUAGAUGAUGGCUGGGACAGUGACAUGUCAUCAAUGCUGUUGCUGGUUCACCUUCUGCCACCUUCAAGCCAAGGCCGAAAAAGACCAGGGAAAAUCUCAGCCAGACAAGCAUGCGACAGUCUUGUAAAAUUCAUCAAGAUUGGGACCAGCAUCCAAGGACACCUGGACAACAUCUCUGGGAGUCUCCAGCCAUACCUACUUGCUGUUGGUGCCAAGAAGAGCAUGAUCGAGUCUUACUACAUCGUGAUCGACAAACAUGCUCUACCCUGUAAGACCUCAACUUCAUUGGCUUGUGUUGAUGAACUUUUCAAAGCACAUUUCGUCUUUGGCACAAGAUACUGUCAGGAAUUGACCAAUGUGUACACCUUUCUGCAAACCACUGUCUAUGACAUAGAUGUGGAAAACACCAAGGUAAAUCCUAGAGUUGCAGAGUUGAGGGCCAGGAUGCAGAAGUAA